AUUAAGAGCUUUAUCACUCAUCAGAUUCCUCCUGCAGUGCAAAUGCUGAUUGUGACGGUUCUUGUCGCAGGCAAGCGUCGCUACGACCGCAAGCAAAGCGGCUAUGGUGGGCAGACGAAGCCGAUCUUCCACAAGAAGGCCAAGACGACCAAGAAGAUCGUGCUGCGUCUGGAGUGCGUGGAGCCCAACUGCCGUGCCAAGCGCAUGAUCGCCAUCAAGCGCUGCAAGCACUUCGAGUUGGGGGGCGACAAGAAGAGGAAGGGCCAAGUCAUCCAGUUCUAGGCCUCGUCUCAUCACCACGCCGACCCACGCCGCUGCUGCUGCUGCUGAGCGCGUGCCCAGUGCGUGCCCUGGGCUAAUAAAGAGAGCUGGGCGAUCACAACCAA